AUUUUAUUAUGGGUUUUGGUGUUUUUGCAUAAAUAGGCUAGAACACUGUUGCCACCCUGGAAAAAUCUGAUAGGGGUGUUGUUUAUUAUGACUCUUUUUCUGUGCCUCGAACUAAUUGUGGAGCCUUAUCGUUUAAAAAAGGGGAUGUGGGGGGUUUUACAUGGUUUCCAUAGCUACGAAAGGGCCCAGGCAGAGGCCUGCAUCCCGUUGCCAUGGAGACGAGAAAAAGGCCUUGGACUAAAGCUCCAAGAUGGCGCUCGCCCUCUGCAGGCUCCGCCCAGGAGGAAGAGGGAGGGGCGGCCCGCUCUGUCUCCACGGUAACCGAAAAAAGGGGAGCGCUAAGGCCCUCCCAGUGGUCCCCAGUCGCCAUGGGAGACGGAAGGGGCUUUGAGCCAAUAGGAGCGUCCCUAACAGGAGACGGGGAGGCGGAGCCUCCCUCAUGCCCGUUCCGCCCAUUGGCUCGCCUCCUCCCGUUCGCUCCGAAACUACCCGGAUGGCGGGCGGAGGCGAAGGCGGGCGGACGGGGCCUUGCGUCAGGAGCGGCGGCGGCGGCGAGUCCCUCACCACGACGGGUUACCCUCGGAAACCGUAACCAAAGGUGAGCCCCCUUACCAGUUGCUUACCAUGGCGAAGGUUGUCUCCGCAAUGCUUCAGGGGUGAAGAAGAAAUGAAAUGGUCUUAAGGAGCGGCCUCGGCGAUCUUUACACGCACCUCCACAUCCAGCCUGCUCACCGGAGACAGAGGGAUGGUGGUAGUCACGGAGCACACCAAGAACAGCGGACGCCCCGGCGAUGCCAUGUCGAGUUCCGAGGCAGAGGAUGACUUUCAGGAGCCGGCCACCCCCACGGCCACCCAGGCGGAGCACGCCCUGCCCCUUCUCCCUCAGCAGUUCCCAGAUGUGGUUCCACUGAACGUCGGAGGCAUCCAUUUCACAACCAGGUUGUCGACCCUGCGGCGCCACGAGGACACCAUGCUGGCGGCCAUGUUCAGCGGCCGGCAUUAUAUCCCGACAGACGUGGAAGGCAGAUAUUUCAUCGACAGGGACGGAACCUACUUUGGAGAUGUGCUGAACUUCCUGCGAUCUGGCGACCUCCCUCCAAGAGAACGAGUGAGGUCCGUUUACAAGGAAGCGCAGUAUUAUUCUAUCGGCCCCUUGCUGGAGAGCCUGGAAGAGCUGCAGCCACUUAAAGGAGAGAAAGUCCGGCAGGCGUUCCUGGGCUUAAUGCCCUAUUACAAAGAGCACUUGGAGCGGAUCGUCGAGAUCGCCAAGCUACGCGCCAUGCAGAGGAAGGCCCGCUUUGCCAAGCUGAAGAUCUGCGUCUUCAAGGAGGAGAUGCCCAUCACCCCUUACGAGUGCCCCCUCUUCAACUCCCUGCGCUUUGACCGGAGCGAAGGCGAGGCCAAGCUGUUUGAGCACCACUGCGAGGUGGACGUGUCCUUCGGGCCGUGGGAGGCCGUGGCCGACGUCUACGACCUCCUGCACUGCAUCGUGACGGACCUUUCCAGCCGAGGCAUCACGGUGGACCACCAGUGCAUCGGGGUCUGCGACAAACACCUGAUCAACCAUUACUACUGCAAGCGCCCCAUUUACGAGUUCAAGAUCACGUGGUGGUAGGAGCUUUCCGCCGGAAGAGACUAAGAGAAAAGGUUUAGUCGUCACCUCCUGUGAUCUUCGAACCCUCCUUCUGGAAAGCAUGGCCUUCUCCGUCUUGCAGGAAGGGGUCGGUCCCCGUUCCUAGCUGUGCAGCCAGCGUACUCGUUCUCCCUGGAGGGAUGCCCCCGGUUGGAUGUACCGCGCAGAGUUGCAGCCCUGGAAGAACAGCAGAGGAAUAUGUCGGCCCCGGGUAUGAACAUUCCUGAAGGGCCUUUAUGCAAAGCUGAGUCCCCUGCCUUCGUUCUGUGCUCAUCCUUCACUUCCCAGCACUGCAGAGAUGUCUCUAUGCUGUACCACAGAAGGCUAGAUCAUGGCACGAUCUUUCCAAGAGCCAGUUCUUCCGCACACAGAGAAAGCUUUGUUGUUAUGAGGCUACCCGGCGUUUUUGAUAUUCAGCCCCACUUCGUUAGAUGUGGCUUCCGCUCACCCUGCCCUCACUUGCCCACGGCCUUUAGGUCGGAAAGGCAGCGUGCUUUUCAAAGAUGCUGAAUUUACUCAAAAGUAAUACAUAUCUAUUUUUUUUAAAACAAAACCCACCGGGUUUGGGUAUUGCUGCCUGAACUUCCUGUGUGCCUGCGUGUUUUAAAAUGGCCUUAUAGGCCCUUUCCAACUCAACUAUUAUGAUUCUGUGAAAAUCGCCACUUUAAGUACGACUCUUAUUGUUUUUCCUUUUUUUUUAAAAGAAGGGCUUCAGAUGUAAUUUAUUUCCAUUUCUCUCACCAGAAUGCACAGUGUUGGUCUUUAGAUGCCUUAACCAUGUACUUGAGAGAGGAUAGACUGCCUCCCUUAAAGGAUGCAGAAAUAAUGGCUGUUUGUAAAAGUAAAUAGUUCGUGCCCUUUGCUUUGAGACAGUGUUUGGAAUAGAGGUUUGUCUUUACUCGGUCGGAGCAGUGAGGUACGUUCUUGGCGGUGGCGCACUCCUGAAGUGGUUUUUGGUUCCUGCAGCAGCUCCGAAAGUGGAGCAGAAGCGCCCUUUGUAAGGUGGCUGGUUUAAAACUCCAGGAUGCCGAGCAUUACAUGCUGUUUGGAAGUCCUCCAAAGAGCUUAGCUUGGUUCUUCAGAGAAGGAUCCGGCUCAGCUCUAAAUACCAUUAAGGAGUAAACCUUGUCGGACACAGUGGGACUUCCUUCUGAGUAGAAAUGUGUAGGAUUGCUACUACAAUGGUUUUAAUAUUGUGAAUUUAAGAGUUUUCUCCCUCCCAGUACCAAUAAGCUGAUACUUAUUUAUAUUAUUUAUACGACAAAAUUCGUGAGAUAGACUUUAGUUUCGUUACGAAUUGACUUUCAUUUGGCGUUGCCAAGGAUGUUUCAUCUGGCGGUGUCUGUGUGUCACGAGUCACCCUCUAACGCCGUGCUCCUUCGCAGGUGUAAUCCUGGGCUUACUGGAGUCUAGUCCUGGAGAAGCUUGCAUCGGGUUGCAUCUAGAUCUUUACAUUCU